CUCGCCUUGACAACUUCGCGAGCAGCGCCGGUAAAGGCAUCAUACACACCUUUAUCAUGUCUCUCACCUACUCGACUGAGAGGCAGGUCGCCAUUGCCGCCGUGAGGAGAGCCUGUGCGCUCACUUCUUCUGUUUUCAACAAGCUCGUUCGGAACGAGACGUUGACGAAGGAUGACAAGAGCCCUGUCACUGUCGGUGACUUCUCUGCCCAAGCUGUCGUCAACAUCAUCCUCGGGCGCACAUUCCCCAAAGACCCUAUCGUCGGUGAAGAAGACUCUGCCGACUUACGCGGAGAUUCCAGCGCAUCGCUGCGAGAGCGUGUGGUCGAACUUGCGAAUGAGGCGUUAACUGCACCUCUGCAAACGGGAGAGAAGGAGCAGUGGGGCCUGGGCCCCUCCAACGCCCGAACAGCGGAAGAGCUCAUGGAUGCCGUCGAUCGCGGUAACUACCCUGGCGGGCGCACAGGACGCAUGUGGACGCUGGACCCCAUCGACGGCACGAAGGGAUUCCUGCGCGGAGAGCAGUACGCAGUCUGCCUCGCGCUCCUCGUCGACGCACGUGUCCAACUCGGCGUCAUCGGGUGCCCCAACCUCCCCGUCGACCCCGCCAACCCUUCCGGCGCACGAGGCUGUAUCUUCGUCGCCGAGCGCGGGCACGGCGCGUAUCAAAUCCCGGUGUCAGCGUCGGAGGCGGCCGCAGGGGCGGAGCGGCGCCUGGUGAUCCCGUCGUUCGCGCCCGACCAGCUGAGCUUGCUCGAGAGCGUGGAGAAGGCGCACUCGAAGCUGUCGUUCAACGAGCGCGUGGCGCAUCUGCUUGGCGUGACCCGCCCGCCGACCCGCAUGGACAGCCAGGCGAAGUACUGUGCGCUCGUGAGGGGCGAGGGUGGGGUGUACCUCCGGAUGCCCACUGGCACAGGGUACAAGGAGAAAAUUUGGGAUCAUGCUCCUGGGUCGGUCCUUGUCGAAGAGGCGGGCGGUGUGAUUACAGACUCACGCGGAGAGCCGCUGGACUUCGGUUUGGGGAGAACCCUUGGAGAAAACUAUGGAGUUGUCGCAGCCGGAAGGGACGUGCACUCCAGGGUCAUCGAGGCGGUGAAGCGUGCCAAGGAGGAAGAGGCGAAAGGGGAUGCUCAGGGACAGUAAUUAAAUCUGGAUGCGCUAUUGAGCUUCCGAGUUUCUGACUAUCCAUUUAUAAUUCUCCGCCACAAGGCGAUCGCGUGUGUGGUGUAAUGGUAACAUAGGGUCUUCCCAUGGCCCUGCCUCGGGUUCGAUUCCCGGCGCACGCAUGCCAUGUUCCAAAUGAUCCCUUUUCUCAUCUGCGUAUUAUAGGGGGAAAAAACACUGAUCUUCUUUAUGUAGU